GUGUGACAUAAAUGUUUUUUAAACAAGAGGAAGUUUGCGUAGGGGAACUUAAAUCGACCGGAGAAUGUUCCAGUCGGAAGUAUUUUUAGGUUGAACGGCAACUUCCGGCAAAUGACUAGUUAGCAGAAGGUGAAAGUGCUUCUGUUUGUGUUUGAAAUCUUUGACGCUUUUUGAGAUUUCAGCCAGAAACAUCACAGGGGGGCGAACUAUUACGGCGAAAAAACGACGAGGCGGUUUGAUUCAACCAAAGCUGCGGCAGAGAAGUGUCUAAUUGUUGAUUCGCUCGCUAACGUUAGCACGCCAGCUAACCGGCUGACGCCUGGUACUCGGCGUCCGGAGACAGACACCCUGCAGCUGGACGCUGAUCGUCUGGACAGUUCACCGGUAAAACUCACCGGCCGGGAUCAGCGACGUUUCUCCUGCGGCCAUAACGGAGAAGAUACAGUUUUCAUGUGUGCACUGGGACUGGUUUCGACAUUUUAAUGGGAGGCGGCUCGCCUUGGAGGAGUGGACAUUGCGGGCGCCAGUUGCGAAGAAAGCGGGGGUCCUGGCUCCCUGUCGGGCUCAGAUGGAGUCUCUGGCCGGCUACGUGUACAAGGCAGCCAGCGAGGGCCGAGUCUUGACCCUGGCCGCGCUGCUGCACAACCACUCCGAGGCGGAGAUCCGGUACCUGCUGGGCUAUGUGACCCAGGUGGCCGGGCAGAGGUCCACCCCUCUGAUCAUCGCAGCCCGGAACGGACACGACAAGGUGGUCCGGCUGCUGGUGGACCACUACAGGGUGGACACAGAACAAACCGGCACGGUUCGGUUUGACGGCUACGUCAUCGACGGGGCGACGGCGCUGUGGUGUGCAGCUGGAGCGGGACACUUUGAGGUGGUGCGCCUGCUGUUGGGUCACAAUGCCAACGUUAACCACACCACCAUCACCAACUCCACCCCCCUGCGUGCCGCCUGUUUCGACGGGCGCCUGGACAUCGUCCGCUACCUGGUGGACCACAAGGCGGACAUUCGGAUCACCAACAAGUAUAACAACACCUGCCUGAUGAUUGCCGCCUAUAAGGGCCACACGGACGUGGUGAAGUUCCUGCUGGAGCAGGGGGCGGACCCUAAUGCCAAAGCCCACUGCGGCGCCACCGCCCUGCACUUUGCAGCAGAGGCGGGACAUCUGGAGAUUGUACAAGAGCUGGUGCGCUGCCAGGCGGGCAUGGUUGUCAAUGGACACGGCAUGACGCCACUGAAGGUCGCUGCUGAGAGCUGCAAAGCAGACGUGGUGGAGCUGCUGCUGGCGCACGCCGACUGUGACCCGCCCAGCCGCAUCGAGUCCCUGGAGCUGCUGGGCGCCUCCUUCGCUAACGACCGGGAGAACUACGACAUCCAGAAGACGUACCACUACCUGCACAUGGCCAUGAUGGAGCGUUAUCGCGACUUAGAAAACAUCGUUGUGAAGGAGCUGCUGCCGGCCAUCGAGGCAUACGGGGGGCGCAGCGAGUGCCGGACGCUUCAAGAACUGGAGGCCAUCCGCGUGGACCGGGACGCUCUGCACAUGGAGGGGCUGAUGAUCCGGGAGCGCGUCCUGGGCUCGGACAAUAUCGACGUUUCACACCCCAUCAUCUAUCGCGGCGCCGUCUACGCUGAUAACAUGGAGUUUGAACAGUGCAUCAAACUGUGGCUUCAUGCGCUCCGUCUGCGGCAGAAAGGGAACCGGAACACACACAAGGACCUGCUGCGCUUCGCUCAGGUCUUCUCCCAGAUGGUGCACCUGAAGGAGCAGGUGUUAGCCUCAGCCGUGGAGCAGGUGCUGAGCUGCAGCGUGUUGGAGAUUCAGCGAAGCAUGGCUCGAGUGGAGUCGGCGGCUGAAUCGGAGCUGCCGCAGGCCAUGGACAAUUAUGAGUCAAAUGUCUUUACCUUCCUGUACCUGACCUGCAUCUCCACCAAAACCACCUGCGGCGAGGAGGAGCGCGCCCGCAUUAACAAGCACAUCUACGACCUGAUCCAGCUGGACCCGCGGUCCCGCGAAGGCUCGUCUCUGCUCCACCUGGCCAUCAGCUCCAGCACGCCGGUCGACGACUUCCACACCAACGACGUGUGCAGCUUCCCCAGCGCCCAGGUCACCAAGCUGCUGCUGGACUGCGGCGCGCAGGUCAACGCCGUCGACCACGAAGGCAACACCCCGCUGCACGUCAUCGUGCAGUACAACCGGCCCAUCAGCGACUUCCUCACGCUGCACGCCAUCAUCAUCAACCUGGUCGAGGCCGGCGCCCACACAGACAUGACCAACAAGCAGAAGAAGACUCCACUGGACAAGAGCACCACCGGCGUGUCGGAGAUCCUGCUGAAGACGCAGAUGAAAAUGAGUCUCAAGUGUUUGGCGGCGCGCGCUGUCCGCCAGCACCAGAUCACUUACCGCAACCAGAUCCCCAAAACACUGGAGGAGUUUGUGGAAUUCCACUGAAAAGGACCCCGAGGACAGACUCUUUGUUCUUUUUAAAGAAUUUCAUAUAAUUUUCUAACAGAUCCAAACGGUGCUGAGGAUUAUGGUUCAGUACUAAAAAGUUUUUGAGCAUUUUUAUAAUAAAAAAAGUGGGUUGCUUUUUUUCUAUUUUAAGUAUUAAUUCUUAAGAACCAGCAGCCAUAGAUGGCAGUCUGUCUGUAUCACCGGGGCUGUGAGACCUCACAGGAAACGUCCAGCCAACUCUCGGCAGGUUUGUGCUGUGAGAGCAGAGAGGACAGCAGUGACAUCACCGCGCUGAUUCUUGUUUUGCCUUAUCUCCACGAUGGGGAGCUGCCAUGUACGCCAUUACUGUGAUUACAGUCUGAGUGAAUGAGCGAGUGUUGAAGAGAGACGAUCAGAGACGGAAUGAAUGAAUGAGUGUCUGUAGAGACGACCGACCUCGCCUGCUUUACAUGCGUUCGUCCAACAGAUUCUUUUUUAAUGUGAGAAAAAAAAUUUUCACUGGGUUUCAAUUUCACUGUAACAACCACAACAACGGGUGAGAAAAGAGUCAGAAAAGGGAAACAUGAUCCAACUGCUGGGCAAAAUUUAUACUAAGAAUCUGGCUUUUAGUUUGUUUUAAUCAAUGGGUUGUUGGUAUUUAUGAAAAUGUUUUUUUCUGUUGACUUCUUUCAAUAACACUGAACUAUAUGGCCCAAAGAUUGUAGACACCUCCGUCCCAAUACUAUUGUGAAGCAAAGUUUUAAUGCCAGAGUAUACAGUCAUGUUUUCGACCUCUU